GGAAAAAGCCUUGAGAAGAAGUUCUUGUAACUCUGGUUGAUACAGACAGAAUUAAAAAAAGCAUCGGUCUCAGUUUUAAUUUUACUCUAACGUAGUGUUGACAUGCAUAAGAUUGGUGGAAGGGGACCCAAAAUGCCCUCACCACGCAUUAUCAAAGGAAAAUCUGAUGUUAGUCAACCCUAGACAGGACGAUGGAGGCCAAUUUUCGUGGUCGUAAUUGGCUCUUCAGCACAUCAAUACUCCUAUCAAAAGACCUGGCCUAAUAUCACUGUAUCUAACUUCAAUAAUAGCUAAUGACCAUCUUGAAGGUUUUUGUGAUUUGGACGACAAGAACAGAAUAAAAAAUUUGGGUGGCUAUAUUACAGCUAGUAUUUUUGGUUGUUUGUUUGCAGUUUAUGCCAUUUACCGUAUUGGAGAUGGUUUCACAUCUCAUCGUAGCACUGAACCCAUAACUCUUGAGGGAACUAAACCCAUGAUAUUAAUGGACUAAUGGCUAUGACAGCCCUGUGGUUAUCCGGCCUGCAUUUUCUCAUAAGUCCCGUAACAAAAGAGAGGAUUCUGGAGGCGCUACUAUCUAUGAUCCUAACUUAUCCCCAUGUGGUACCGUGUUGGAAUAUUCUUUUGGUGAUGUCGAAUAUUCUUUAUUACAUAUGGAAAAUGCUUAAAGUCAACCUAUACUGAGACUGGUUAUAAAAGUUUCUAAGAAUUCAGAUGUAAAAAAGCGAGACAGCCAACAGUUUAUGGACAUGUAGUGCACCUCAUGGAUAAGUAACCUGGUUUAUAAUUGUCUUCACCAAGAGGUGCAGGUUCAGGAAUUGAACCUAUGGCGGGAAAAUGUCAUGUCAGUUUAUGCAUUUAUAUCUUCUUAUGUUUUUUAACAUUUCUAUCUGGUCAUAUAAAUUACGUCGACAUAUCAGGAGAAGAAAAAUUGGGUCUUUCUUUUUAGACUUUACUAAAGCACGAAGUAAACUUGUCAAAAGUAAUAAUUUUACGGAAGAUAUGAAGUAUGUUUCAAAACAUUACGACUCCGUUGAAGGAAUGCUUUCAGAUUAAAUCAAACCUAACUAAAAGCUUCCCGCAUUAUAGCGAUUAACGAUGGGGAAAUCUAGGAAAGUUUUAAAUGCUUUUUCAUUUAUUCAUACUUCUUCAUUCCAUCAUCAGUGCAUCAUCAAUCAUGUGAAACAUGUUUCUAGUGAAUCUCCUUUUAUUGUAUAUAUUUGUGGUCUACACCUCACUGUUUUUAAUUCUAUCCUACCAACAAGAAUAUCUGAUGCGCAAGAAUGCGAAAGUGUUGACUUGUGCACUCUUGACUCAGAUACUGGCGCUGGUUAUGGUACUUCGUCUGCUUGGGCUCAAUUAAUAAAGUUCUAUACCAGGGAAAAACUUAUUACCUGCGCUGACUCUCAAGAAAUAUUUCAUUUAGGAGAUGUGUCUCAUUCAUCUCCUGUCGUUAAUGAGAAGAUUUCGGGUCUACUAGCUUGCUGCAGUGAUCAGACGUCUAUGCAGGUCGAUGGUUUGCAGACAAGGUCUCGAACUGGUUUGUUAUCAUAUGUUCAAAGAUCCUUUGAAGGCUUGGUAAAUUAUGGAUUCGCUAUUUGA